GUCGCAGAGAUAGAAAGAUUUCUAUGUCUGCGACACCCUGUCGCAGAGAGUUGCAAAGUGUCGCAGAGUGUAGCAAACCAAAAGGUUCUGCGACACGCUACGACACUUUGCAACACUUUGCGAUUUAAUGGAAACCAGGCUUAAAGCUAAACAGCAAACCGGCAAUCGACAUCAGAUAAAUAUUUUUAGCAAUAAGAAGAAGCAUUAAAGAAGCAUUUUAUGAAUUUGAAACAUGCAUGGAACCUUUUAUGAUCAUUGUAUUUACUUGUGUAUGUUUGAUCAGAGAUUUAAUAAUAAUAAUAAUAAUUUACCAUAUUUAUACAGGAUAGCCUUUUCAGUAACGAUAAUACUGCUAUCACUAAGGGCCCUGUUAAAAUAAAAGUUUGUUAAGUAAAUGGUUCAAAAUUAUAAGUGAUUGAAGUUAAAGCUUAAAAAAAUUUAAAAGGCUAAAAAAGUUACACUACAGAAGUUAAAAAAGUUACAUUUAUAGUUUUUCUCUUUUUAUUUCUUUUCCUUCUUUAGAGUAUGUAUUGAGAACUGCAUAUAUUGGCAUAUAUUAGUAUUAUUUCAUAUAAGUUGCAACUCUGAGUUUCUCGCUUUAUGCGAUCGUCAAGCAAUUGUAAACAACUGCCUAAUAAUGUAAACAAAGCCACAAAAGAUGAAGUUGGAAACAAUUCAAUUGUCCCCUACGGAGGCGGAUUUUAUGGUGUUCGUUGAAUUUGCAGCAUGAUUCUUGUUAAGUUUAUUUGUAAAUAUAAAGAGCCAAACUAAACAAGUAUUAUCAAUGAGACAGUUACAAGGUAUGCUAGAUACGCGAAAAGAUGGCACUCAUAGCUUAUCAUAGCUUUUCGUGACUUGAGAAGGACUUGUGAUUUUUCAGGCAAAACCAAAAUGGAGUCUGAUGAUGAAAUUCUUGGUUUGUCUCCCAUCAGGAGGUAUAAUACCCUUGAUACCCAAAAGCAACCAAAGAUGGAAGACUUUUCUUCAUAUCGAAAUACAUUGACACUGUCAGACCUUCCACAGAGGUCCAGAUCAAUGAUGAACCUAUCUUCUGCCCAUCACUAUAAAAGAAACUCCUGGCUUCUUCCAGAGAGUCCAACAGUAUCUGAGAAACAAUCUCAGCUGACUAAGAGGAAAAGUCUUUCAGGAGCUCUGUUGUCACCUCCUCCAAAAACACCAAGUGUUGAAAGAUACCUAGAAAUUUUCUCAAGACUAAAAUCUGCCUACAGUGCCUUUCUUGAUGCCUGCAAGGAUGUUGAUUUGUCAAACUUUUCUAUCAAAGAAAAAUUGUAUUUUGAAAAGUGUACCAAGAAAUUGGAUACAAAGUUACAAAAGGUUGAAGACCUAAAUGAACUCUACGUUCACCAGGAGCAUAUGAGAGAAGGUGCUAAUAAAUUGUUGAAAACGAUGGAAAAGGAAAACAGCAAAAGAAUUAAAAAUGGAAUUGAUUAUUGUAGAAGCAACCUGAAGAAAAAUGUAAAUCGUCUCUGUGCAGUUCAAGAUGAAGUAAACGACAUGGCUGGCAGCAUGAGAAUCGAAAUCGUAGGCCUCAUUGGUUUUGCACGAUUGAGUUCUGGUGAUGUCUAUAGCGUUCAUUUCAAGCACGGCUAUGACAAAUUUACAUCUAAAUGCAAGGUUGUUGGACAAGGACAGAAAUGGACAAAUGCUCAGGUAGCGCUGAAAAUAAAUGCAGCUCAUGAUAUUAUAAUAAAGGUCCAUGAAGUACGGAAAAUUAACACAAAUUCCGUGGGAGUUGUCACUUGCCCAAUUUCAAAUUUUCUUUCUGCAGAUGGACAGGAAUUUGUUCUUCCAGUGAAUAGCACGGGCUCUUUGAAAUUGAAAAUCAUGGCUUUUUGGAGUCCAUUUGUUAACAAGGAGAGUAGCUUUAUGGCUGGGAAGAUCAGUAUGCCGGAUGAGUCACGGCUUGACACUUUGUCGGAUACCAGUGGUACACAGAGCCCAUGCUCAACACCAAAAAGUGGAACAUUGUCAUCAAUGCCAAGCUUAUCCACUAACAAUGGUACUUUGACAUCGAUGAGAAUUUCUGUUAGUGGCACAUACCUGUCUCCUCAAGCACGUGUAAUCAAACAUUCAAAAGCAGAUGGAGGAAAAAUGAACAUCAACGGAUCAGUUACAAGCAACGAUAGCUCAUCGUGGGUCGCGUCUGUUCGAGCGAACUCAUUGCCAGAUAUUGCAAAGACUUUCGAGAACACUGGUGAUGCUAUAGACAACUCGGAUAGCCAAAGCACAGUGAAUGUUGACAAUAAAAGCGUUAAGCAUAGCAUUAAACACGCUUCAUCUUGUGAUUAUUUGAGCGAAAACGUUGUCUUGCGAGACACUGCGCCAAAAGAGAAGCGGAAGCCAAGGCCGAUUACAUUAGGCCCAACUUUCACAAAUGGAUUUUCGUCACAGUCUGAUUAUGAAAAUGUUGUUAAUUUGAUAACUACUUCAAUUAUCGGUGAAAAGCCUGACGUUAUCCCAGAUAAAGAUUCCUUAAGAAGCAAAAAGAGCCAAAGACCUAAGUCAGUCGCCCCGUCGUUUAUGCCGACUCCGUUGCCUGAUUACCCGACAAAUUUUUCGCCAAGGUCGUCAACGGUGAGUCAGCCGAUGCAUAUAAUUCUAGAACCAGAUUACUCGCCUCCUUACGAAAAUUCAGAUUCUGCCAAAAUUAAUGAACUUGAAAAAGAAGGCUCGGACCCCAAAAAGCAAGGAGCUGCACAUGCAUACGAAAACGUGACGUUGAAUAACAACACUGAGACCGAAGACCUUGCAGCUGUUAGCAUGGAAAGAAACUUGCCAGAAGUCUAUACAGACAAUCAUUCAAACACCGCUAGCCCCGACUCGGACAAUGAAAAUAUGGAACCGGAUCAGAGUAUUGAAAAUGAUGAUACAGUACCGGAAGUACGAGCAAUGUUGUUGGAUAUAACGGUCCGGCUAAGCUCAAUACCUGAAGCCUAUUCAAUAAGAGCAGAAAAUUUAAAGGAGGUGGUAAAUGUACUUCUUGAACUACUUCAGGAAAAGAAGAAGCCAAUUUCACGAACCGAGUCAAUAGAGAAUGCUCUGAAUUCAAUUGAUAGCGCAUUCGACUUUUUGUCCGAGCACCAAACGCUGAAACCGGACCGGCCGCUGGUUGUGACCGAAAGUCGGAUAUACCCCGGCAGCUGGAGAAUCUUGAAAAAGGCACUCGUGUGUCAUCUUCGCUGUUGUCAAAAUUUGCUUCAGCAACUUGAAGUCAUGAACAGUCCACUAAAAAUAAAGCAACAGAAAUGCUUAGGCAAGCUACUUGUACAAGCUAAAUCGAUCGAUGAAAUAUUCAAAAAUUUGACUAACGAACCGCCUAUUUCUCCAGCUUCAGCUUCCCUUGCAAUAGACAUUAGUGGACAGGCUUCAAAAUUAUGGCAGAGUCAUUUCUUCAAAGCCGCAUUCGAAUGUAAUGCUGAACAAUUGACAGUUACAUUAAGCGAAAUUUUGAAGAAACAAAUCACUAAAACAGAGUCGAGUGUAUUUAUGCAAAGGAUUCAAGAUAUGGAUUCUGAUCAGGAUGAAGUAGAAAUGAUCACCGUCUUCCAAUUUGCUAAUUUCUUGUCAAGGCACCAAAAUCUGGCUGGUUAUUACGAAAGUGUUCGUAAGGAAGAGAGAUUGCUCAAGAUUUUGACCCAAGAUGACGAUUUGCUGGUUAUGUCAGCGCUGCAAGACAGAAAAGCAAUACCCAUUGUCCCCAGUUGUCUGAAACUCAUUUCACAGAAGCUUAGCACAAGAAACAAGACAAUGCAAAGAGUUAUUGUUGACUUUUUAACAAAACUGGCUAUUAAAAGUAAGGAAGAGGCCAUUGAUGUUUAUCUUGAAAUGCUGGAUGAUGAAGACGAAGAAACAAGGUUAUCUGCUUGCUACGCAUUGAAAUACCUCGAGGCUGCAAAGGCCCAAGACUUCAUUGCCUUUCUUUGGAAGAAUGACACUGAUGUUGUGAGAAAAGCUGCUUUUGAUGCACUUAAAGUGGUCGGUUUCCCGCCUGGAAUGGAGUUGUCAGUUACUGAGAAAAAGCUUCAAUACAGUGAAGUCUCAACAAGGUUGUGAGCUCGGCACAUUGCUAUUCAUUCAGAUUGCUAUGUAACCCACGCACCUAACAUGCUAAGAAUUUGGUAUGAAGAGAUAAUGGACGUUGGUAUGCUUAGACCUGUCGUAUAUGUUGCUGUAUUUCGUUUUGAUUGCACACUAGGUCCUUUCGGAUGCAUCCAACUAUGGCUGCGUUAGAAACGUACUCCAAACUCAAACGCAAGUAACAUUAAUUGCGAUAGCUUUUUUAGGCAGCUGAAUUAUUUUUAUGAUUUUUUUAAUCGUUUUAGCGCAAAUUUAAGAUACCCUAGGAGACUAACCUGCCCUGUGGCUGCUUCCUGUCCCAGAGCAAUAAUCUGAUGUUAUACAAAUAUUUUGAUAUUUUUUAAGGAUUUUAGAAAAUAUGAGUUUUGAAAAUAUUCUAUCCCUGUGCUGCAAUAAUAAGGUUUUUUUUAUCCGAUUAAUUUGAUAUUGUUUCACUUGUACACAGAGAAAGUCUUGAUAAUACCUGUUAUUUGUCCUACGUUGUAAAUGUGUAAACUAAAUGUGUACCACACUAUUAGUGUACCAGAUGAGUGUCUCUGUAUACCCGCUAUCAAAGAAACGCUGAAUAUUCACAACGGAUAUCUAUGUUGUUAAUAAAUAAGAGUUUUGAUGGGACUGGAGAGUCUUGAUGAAGAGUAAACGGAAGUGAUUAUCAGUUAGGCCAGUCAAUGAUAAGAUAAUUCUGUAAGGUCAAUCAAUGUUAAAGGUUUAGAUUAACGUUGCUUUAGAAAAUUGAGACCCCUUAUACACGGGUACAUUUUCAAGUGAGGACGCAGUCAUUUUAUUUAGUGUUUACCUCAUGUUUACAUAAGAAUGAUGCACCUCUGGCGCAAAUGUUUAUACACACCGUCCGAAAGGAAAUCGUUUGUAAACGCAAUGAUUUGGAAAGGCAUCAUUUCGAUGUACACGCAGAGCUUUUGAUUCGUUUUCAUAUGAAUACCCGGUAUUUACUGGUCCAUCGAGACGAGGCGGAAGUUCUGUGACCAGGCCUAAGAAGGUUUUUGAUGGUAUAAGCAAUAAGGAAUCAUCACUUGUGGUUUUAGAAUUUUGAACUGUAAUUCUAGGCGACUCAAUUAUCGUAAUUUCAAGUUUCCUUUAUUUCUAAGCUGCUUCUUCAGAGCAUAAUUCUAUUGACUAUGUUCUGAACAGCCCCAUCUUGGGUUAAUUUUAGUUUUUCCUACAUUGAUAAAAAUAUAUAGAUAUUCGUGGUCUAUAACGAUAAAAUAUACAUCGGUGGUAAUUCGUUGUCUUUUACUAGAAUUUAAGACCCCGUUUACACUGUCCCGUGCAAGUUUGGAACCGUGACAAAACUGUCGCGGUUCGCCCUUCCGUUUACACUAGCACUGUGGAACCGUGACGAUUUUGCUCUGCUAUCCGGAACAGUUUGGACCCUGCUUUGAAAGCGAACGAAUUUUGUACCGUCACGGUUCCGUUUUUGAACGGGACAGUGUAAACACCUAUCCGAGACGAUUUUGUCACGGAUUCACAAAGAGGUCUUUUGUAUGGCUGUUUGAGGUAAUCGAGGCUUUGAUUGUGGCGUAACUACGUUGUCGAAUUCUGAAGAAAAGGAAAUUCUGAAGAAAAGACAACCACAGAAAAGGCUUGUAUUGUUUCCCAGCCCAAGCCUUGAUUGGACUUUGCAGUUUUGUAGUCUAAAAUAACACUGAAAAUUAAAGCCACCUUGUUGUUCGUCCAAGUAAAGUUUUUAUCGGCCUUCCACUGCAUUUUAACUCUCAAUAAAAAUUCGAUUGUUGACUUCGGCGGCAAAAUAAAAGCCUUGGUUCAUUAAAUACAGCUUCUUCUAAACAAUGUUCUGCCAUUAAAUUCUGAAGCCAUUUUGGAACCGCGACAGUGUAAACACUUGCGAACCGUAACGGUACAAAAUUGUCCCGGGACAGUGUAAACGGGGUCUAAGUAUAUAUAAUUAAUUUAACAUGGUUGACUUAUUUAGAAAGUAGCAUUUUUUGCCUAGUUUAGAUUUUAUUUUGCAGAUAAAUUUGUAACUUUUGUAUGUGAUGAACCACGGCCAGGAUAGUAUAUCUAGAAUUCUUAUCUUGCAAAAGUUUGUCUUUUAAAGUGUUUUCAUUAACUUAUGAUUUUCGUUUAUCUUAGAAAUAAAUUUAAACCCUUGAGCAUUGUUGUAUCAACCGUUUUUGUUUUGAAAUAUAUUAUAUGCCUUUUGGUUGGAUAUACGAUCAAAUGUACCGCAUUGAAUGGUGAAUUUGUGAAUAACCAGUUUUGCUUAAAUAGAAAAUGUCAGUUACUGUCGGCUUGUUGAAUAAUAUGCAUAAUUUGAAUUUUCUGUCCAGGUUUACAUCGACACGAUCAGACUCGUAAAAAGUAGAAGCAGUUACGUAUAUGCUACCAUAAUUUGUGGAAGGUUAAAUCAGGUGCCCAAAAUUAUGUCUUACUUCUGAAGUGCUUACUUUUGAUGUUGAAGCAGCCAAUAGGCUUUGUCCGUUUUUAUGUGCGAAGAAUGAGGACAUUAAGUUGGAAUGUGGGGGAUAAGUUAUUAGGGAUGAGGGGGGUGAUCAAGGAUUUAGGGCUGUGGGGUCGUACUCCCCCAAACACCAAGCCUUCAGACCCCUCUUCCUUAUCGAUUAUUUGACAUUUACUCUGAUGAAGCUCUGUAUGCUGGGAUGAGAUUUUAUUUUGAAACUUGAUUUAUCUUCAAGUUAUAUUUGACAACUUAUCUGAUUCUCGUCAUGGUUUUGAUUUGGUCCUGCCUAUCACUCUUUACCACACUUUAUCACUCUUUACCACAUCACUCAUUGUAAGAUUCAAAGAACCCGGGGAGACAGACAGACUACCCUAGUACCUUCUUACAUAUACUCGAUGAGUAUCUGGUCUUAUCAGCUUCUUGUACAGCCUCUGAAAAACUGUUUGCUCUGCUUCCAAGUGGGAUAUAUUAAUAUUUGUAGUGGUAAAUGUAAUUGCUGCUGUAAAUAAGUACGCUUGGCGCUACAUCGUUGCGCCAAUUUUUUUGUUAAUUGACUCGCAUAUCACAUUAUUUUGUAUCCAUUACACGCCGGGAACAAUCUUCAGAUAACCUGAACCAAAUGCAGAGCGUUUAACUUGUAACCGAUGAAUCUCAAACUCGUUAGUAACGAAGACUUAAUUAGAUAGGUUUCUUAUUUUUGAUUGCAUAUGAAUUAAAGAUUGGUAAUGAAUUAUAAUUAUGUACGAUGUUUA